AACACUGGAGCUGUGACCUGUUUCCUGCGGUCUGACCUCGCUCAGCAUCUUUUGAGUCUCAAAAACCUGGGACUGCUGCAGAAUGAGAAAAGCGUGCCAGACCAGAAACAACUCUGCUCCAAAGAGAGUAAAGGCGCAAAGAUGAAGGUGUUGUACGUGGCUGCUUUCCUCGUCGGGCUCCUCUCCCUGGAGAGCACCAGAGCAGCUCCACUGAAAAACCAGUUGUGGUCGGUGGGCUCCGGUAGCGUCGACACCGGCAACGUGGGAGAUGGCAGCUUUGACGACAACAGCCAAAACAACCAGUUCUGGUCAGUGGGCUCCGGUAGCGUAGAUACCGGCAACGUGGGAGACGGCAGCUUUGACGACAACAGCCAAAACAACCAAUUCUGGUCAGUGGGCUCCGGUAGCGUAGACACCGGCAACGUGGGUGACGGCAGCUUUGACGACAACAGCCAAAACAACCAAUUCUGGUCAGUGGGCUCCGGUAGCGUCGACACCGGCAACGUGGGAGAUGGCAGCUUUGAUGACAACAGCCAAAACAACCAAUUCUGGUCAGUGGGCUCCGGUAGAGUAGACACCGGCAACGUGGGAGAUGGCAGCUUUGAUGACAACAGCCAAAACAACCAAUUCUGGUCAGUGGGCUCUGGUAGCGUAGACACCGGCAACGUGGGCGAUGGCAGCUUUGACGACAACAGCCAAAACAACCAAUUCUGGUCAGUGGGCUCCGGUAGCGUAGACACUGGCAACGUGGGAGAUGGCAGCUUUGAUGACAACAGUCAAAACAACCAAUUCUGGUCAGUGGGCUCCGGUAGUGUAGACACCGGCAACGUGGGUGACGGCAGCUUUGACGACAACAGCCAAAACAACCAAUUCUGGUCAGUGGGCUCCGGUAGCGUAGACACUGGCAACGUGGGAGACGGCAGCUUUGACGACAACAGUCAAAACAACCAAUUCUGGUCAGUGGGCUCUGGUAGCGUAGACACUGGCAACGUGGGUGAUGGCAGCUUUGAUGACAACAGUCAAAGCAACCAAUUCUGGUCAGUGGACUCCGGUAGCGUUGACACCGGCAAUGUGGCCGACGGCAGCUUUGACGACAACAGUCAAAACAACCAAUUCUGGUCAGUGGGCUCCGGUAGCGUAGACACCGGCAACGUGGCCGACGGCAGCUUUGAUGACAACAGCCAAAACAACCAAUUCUGGUCAGUGGGCUCCGGUAGCGUAGACACUGGCAACGUGGGAGACGGCAGCUUUGAUGACAACAGCCAAAACAACCAAUUCUGGUCAGUGGGGUCUGGUAGCGUAGACACCGGCAACGUGGGCGACGGCAGCUUUGACGACAACAGCCAAAACAACCAAUUCUAAUCAGCGUACUAGGUUCCCAGAAACCCACCACAACAACUGCCCUGACGCUUUCUGUCCUGUGCUCUCACCCAUCUCAGCCUGAACAUGAAAAACACAGCACGCUCCGGUGGAAUUUGCUUUUGCCCUGUUCGAUGAUUUGACUGUAGGGCGCAGUUCUUACCCUUCCGUUGCCCCUCAGAUGCCUCUGCAAUAAUGCAAAUAAACCUGUUUCCACUCAGAUCCUCA